AUGACCCAGCUGAUGCAGUUCCUGGAGGCCACCACAGCACCCCCAAAAAAGAAACCGGACCCUGUCACUUCGGAGACGGUGGUGAUCUGGGGGCUGAGGCUCUGGCAGGUGGUUGGUAUCUUUGCCAUCUUUGUCCUGGCAGUCAUUAUCACCCUGUGCUGCAUCUUCAAGUGCCGGAUCCCCCGCACCAGGAAGGAGAUUGAGGCUCGCUACGCCCAGCGGCAGGCGGCCAAGAACUACGCAGACAAGCUGGACACAGUGCCGCCGCUCAACGAGCUGACAGACAUCCCUGGAGCUCAGGCUGCAGAAGAAAAAAAGGAAGAAGUUCCCACUGUGUCUGGAAAAGUGGACAAGGCUCAGGGUAAGAAAGAUGGAUCCAAGGACACCAAAAAGAAGGAUGGUGAAAAAGACCAGAAAGAAGAAUCCAAGAAAGAAGGGAAGGAUGGGGCCAAAAAGAAGGAAGGAGAAAAGAAAGAAAAAGGAGAAAAGGAGGAAAAGGGAGAAAAGGAGGGAAAGGGAGAAAAAGGUGACAAGAAACAAGGGGGUGGGAAGAAAGGUGAAAAAGAAGGUGAAGCAUCGAAAUCAGGAGGAGGCAGCAAAAGUAAUGGCAAGGCUGGUGGGAAUGCCAAAGCCCCAGCAAAGAAGAAGUGA